UGGCCGGUGCUGGCGGGGAGGGUCCCUCUCCAGCUGUAGGAGGGGCGGCCCUGUCAGCUGAGGCUUGCUGCUCUCUCCCCACAGCGCUGAGCAGCCAUGGAGAGGAUGCAGCAGGUCGUGGGGCGGGCGAGAGCUGCUUUCAACUCGGGCCGGUGCCGCCCGCUGGAGUUCAGGAUCCAGCAGCUGAAGGCUCUGGAGCGGAUGGUGAAGGAGAAGGAGAAGGAGUUCCUGGCGGCCAUCGAGGCAGACCUGCACAAGUGUGGGUGGAAAACGUUAACCUGUGAGUUUGUGAGUGUGCUGGAGGAGCUGGCCCUGGCCACAGGCAGGCUGCCGUCCUGGGCAGCCCCUCGGCCUGUGGGAAGGAGCGUGCUGACCAUACGGGAUGAGACCUACACCUGCUUUGAGCCGCUGGGAGUGGUGCUGAUCACAGGAACCUGGAACUAUCCGUUCUUAACUGUCAUGCAGCCUUUGGUCGGGGCCAUCGCAGCAGGCAAUGCUGUGGUAGUGAAGCCAUCGGAGAUCAGUGAGAACACAGCUCAGCUGGUGGCCAAUCUCCUCCCCCAGUAUCUUGACCAGGAGCUGUACCCUGUGGUCACUGGAGGAGUGCCUGAGAUGACAGAGCUGCUGAAACAGAGAUUUGAUCACAUCUUCUGCAUCACCAACUCCACAGUGGGUAAAAUCGUGAUGGCAGCAGCAGCCAAGCACCUGACGCCUGUCACCCUGGAGCUGGGUGGGAAGAGUCCCUGCUACAUCGACAAGGACUGCGACCUGGCUGUCGCCUGCAGGAGGAUAACGUGGGGCAAGUACAUGAACUGUGGGCAAACCUGCAUCGCCCCUGACUACAUCCUCUGUGACCCGUCCAUUCAGAGCAAGGUGGUGGAGAACAUCAAGGCCACUCUGCAGGAGUUCUAUGGGGCAGAUGUGAAGUCCUCUCCUGAUUACGAAAGGAUCAUCAACAAGCGCCACUUCAAGAGGAUCCUGAGCUUGCUGGAAGGGCAGAAGAUUGCUCAUGGGGGAGAGACUGAUGAGGCCUCCUGCUUCAUAGCACCCACCAUCCUCACUGACGUUUCUCCGGAGUCAAAGGUGAUGGAGGAGGAAAUCUUUGGACCAGUCCUCCCCAUUGUGACUGUGAAGAGUGUGGAUGAAGCCAUUGAGUUCAUCAACCGUCGGGAGAAGCCUCUUGCCCUGUACGUCUUCUCCAACAACAAGCAGCUGAUCAAACAGAUGGCAUCAGAGACCUCCAGCGGUGGUGUGACAGUCAACGAUGUCAUCAUACAAUACGGGGUUCUGAGCCUGCCCUUUGGUGGUGUGGGCAACAGUGGGAUGGGCACCUACCAUGGCAAGCACAGCUUUGAGACCUUCUCCCACCGCCGCUCCUACUUGAUCAAGGACCUGAAGAUGGAUGUUUUGAACUUGUGGCGGUACCCACCAAGCAGCCAGAGGAAGGUGGAUUUGGUCAAGUUUAUUGUCCUUAAGCAGUUUAGCAAGAGACAAAUGGCACUGAUCAUCUUGGCCCUGCUGGGGAUUGUGACAGCAGCGGUGAUAAAGGUGAGCUUCGGGUCUCUGCCAUCCACGUGAGCUCCUAGCUCUGUUCCCUCAGCCCUAGCUGGUCUCAGCUUCCUUCAUCCUGUUGCUCUGGGCUCUGCUCUCUUCCCUGUGGGACUCAACCUUGUUUUGGUGCCUCUCCAAGAUGCUGUCAUGACAGGAGAGGGGUGAUCAGCAGCCUGGACUUGUAACCUGCCACUCAUUCCCUGCAGUCCCAGUGCUGAAGUUUUCCUUUUCUGCUUCAAUUCUAUCACUUCCGAGGCAGCCAACACACUGCAGAGGCAGGAGGAGAUGAAAUGCAGCCAAAGCAGGGCAGCUCUGAGCUGGAGGCUCCAGCUCCUGCUGAAACACAGGAACUGAUUCAGAGCUGCACUGUUGGUCGUGCGUCAGCAGGGAGUGGUGGCAGAAGGAAGAAGAAGGCAUCUGCCCUGCUUUGCAAACAGGAGCCCAUCUAAAGCCUCUUGGGAACAGAGGGAUCCCUUGCCCCAAGGAGGUUGUCCAAACAAAGCCUGUUGCUGCUGAGCCUGUCACCUCUGCAGUACCUCGCUUCAUCCCCACAGAGCUGCCUCACACCAGCACUAAGCCUAGGAAAAUGUGGAUCUCAGUGAUGGCAACAGGCCAGGCUGGUUGUGCCCAGCAGCCUGUCCAGAGCAGAGGGAAAAAGCCUCUAAGAACUUAGAAGCAUAGAAUUGCUUUGGUUAUGGGAUCUUUAAGAUUGUUGAGUCCAACCAUCAACCCAGCACUGCCAGGUCACCUCUAAGCCAUGUCCCUCGGCACCAGCUUGCAACACCUGAUCCUUGAAGAGUCUCUUGACUGAGCAGGUGAUGUUUUGUUGCAGGGGAGAACACUUUUAGCCAUCUAGGCUGUGUGAUGGCUGCCUGAGGUGACAGCAGAAGCUUUCUAAGCUGUGGCCCCACUGUGUCCCAAGGACCUGAGGAUUGCCAGGGACCAUCGCAACACUGGUACAAAGCGUUUGAGGCUGCUGGGGGCAACCCCAAGGGCACUGCUGGAGUCCCAAGUCUGAGGAAGGCCUUGGCCAGAGUGGCUGAGCACCACCCAAUUCAUCUCUCAUCUGACUUCCAUUUCUUUAAAUUGGCUUAGUGGCCUCACAAACCUCCACACUUGUAAGGGGAAGCUGGCUUGCACUUGAAUAAAAGUGUUGGUUCACUCUGAAGGUCAUCCAGAGCGGGGCAAGACCCACAUGCUCCAGGCUCCCACAGGGGCUGCAGCACCCUGCAUCAGCCCUUCCUCUGCUCCUGCCCUCAGCCUCACCCAAAGGAGCCAUCCUGAGUCCAGAU